AUGCCUAGUAAAGAACCGAAGCUCAAGCUCAAGCAACCAGAUAGAUCUGGCCCUGAUCCCUCGGUCGAAACACUACUCGACAUUGCGCAGAUACGCAACUUGAGCGAAGCGCAACGAAAGCGUCAAGCAGAACUCGAUGAGGAAAACAAGGAGAUACUAGUAGGAAGACUGGGAGAAUCAUUUUUAUGGACAAUCAGUCUCACUAUGUUACAUUUCACCUUUGAUGUAUUGGUCACACAUCAAUACGCAGAAGGAAUCGUGUGGAGAAAUGUUAUAUAUAGGACCCUACAGGCAUCUCCUGGUAAGUUAUACAAAGUGUUUGGGUCUUUAAGAACAUUCGCUGAUUCCGACAGUCCUUUGGCUUCUCUUUUAUGCCUUUCAUCCACACCCCGAACCUUCGCACCUACUUCCACGACUGCCUACCAAGGUGCAACCUUACAUACACGACAUCUCCUUUUUCGCAGCUAG